AUGGGAUUCAUGAGCAUGAUGAUCACCUUGUUUCUCGGCCUGCUGGUUUCUGUCCCUGCAAUAUUGUUGGCCAAAGAAAUUAAUUUUGAUAAAAUGCUUGUUGCUAACAUUGUUGUUACUGGCAAUAAAACAAUAGGUGAAACCGAUGAUAAUUACGUUUGUGCAACCAUUGAUUGGUUUCCUAGUGAUACAUGUCGUUACAAUUAUUGCAUGCUGCAGAAUUCUUCUGCAAUAACUUUGGACCUGUCUAAUCCUCUACUAGCCAAGACAAUCCAAGCUUUCAAGAAUUUGAGGCUUAGAAUUGGAGGAUCUCCCCAAGACCAAGUAAUUUACAACGUAGGAAGUCCAAGGUACCCUUGCCGUCCAUUUCAAAAGGCAGCAAACGGUUUGUUUGGAUUAACAAGCGGAUGUUUAUACAUGGAAAGGUGGGAUGAGCUGAACCACUUUUUCAAUAAGACAGGGGCAAUCGUGACAUUUGGCUUGAAUGCUCUCUAUGGGAGGAAGAAGCAGAAUAAAAGUACACUAUGGGUAGGAGAUUGGGACCCUAGUAACGCUCGGGCUCUAAUGAACUAUACCAUUCUAAAAGGAUACCAUAUAGAUUCAUGGGAAUUUGGUAAUGAGUUGAGUGGAAGUGGCAUUGCCGCAAGAGUUGAAGCUGCACAAUAUGCAAAAGAUGUGAUCAACCUUAAAAAGAUUAUGAAGGAGUUAUACAAAACUACCAAUUACAAUUCUAGGCUUGUAGCCCCUGGAGGGUUCUUUAACAAAGGCUGGUAUACUGAGCUUCUUCAGGAUUCAGGUCCAAGCAUAGUCGAUGUUGUGACACAUCAUAUCUACAAUUUAGGUGGAGGUAAUGAUCCCAAUCUCAUAAGGAAGAUAUUGGAUCCUGCUUACUUGACCAAAAGCGUAUUAGACACUUUCACAAAUAUAGAAGGGGUGAUUCAAGAUUAUGCUCCUUGGGCUAAUAUAUGGGUGGGAGAAUCUGGUGGUGCCUUUCAGGGUGGUGGACGUUAUGUGUCUGACAGAUUUGUGAAUAGCUUCUGGUACUUGGAUCAGCUUGGAAUGGCAGCUAAGUACAGCACUAAGGUGUAUUGCAGGCAGACUUUGGUUGGUGCAAACUAUGCUCUCCUCAACAGAACCACAAUGGAACCCAACCCUGAUUACUACAGUGCUCUUCUAUGGCAUCGGCUUAUGGGAAAAGGAGUUUUUGAUGUUCAUAGACGCUAUGCUGCACCAUAUUUACGCCCUUAUGCUCAUUGUUCAAAAGGAAGAGCGGGAAUAACUUUGCUGCUGAUAAAUUUGAGCAACCAGACAGAAUUCAUAGUAAAUGUCAACAACCGGACAAAAUUCAAGUUCCAGGAAAGGGAGAAAAGGAGAGAGCGCCCUUCACAUGGACGAUCAUUCAGAGAAGAGUACCACUUAAGUGCACAACAUGGGAAUCUUCGAAGCCAAACAUCACUUCUUAAUGGACAUCCAUUACAUGUUACAAAUGGAGAACUUCCAAAACUGGAUCCUCUUCUUCGUGAAGAGAAUUCUCCAAUACGUGUUGCACCUUUAUCCAUUGCCUUCAUUGUAAUUCCUAACUUUGAGGCUUCAGCUUGUGCCCAACCUGCACCUUCAUCAUGUUGA